CGGUAGCGUGGCUGGACGGGAAUCUGGCUUGAGGGUUUUCCUGGCGGUCGCGUGAACACCCGCUGCCUGGCAGCGGUCGCCACUCGAUUCGUCGUCCGCAUUCCGAGGUCGAAGAAGCUUGUCCGGAACGCUUAUCGUCCUCCAACAUGGCCGACUACAGCCCUGGCCUCAAUGGCGUCGUCAUCGGCCUUCUGUCGUCCUUCGGGUCGGCAAUCCUGAUCCUCUGCAUCUUCCUCGCAUUCUACUUCUUCCGAUACACAGCAUCCGGGCGCAUAUUCCUCGACCGGAUCGGCCGGCCCGGCGAGUACGAUGACGAGCAGGCGUUUGCGCGCGAGGAGGCCGAGGCCCUCGAGAUGAUGGAUGAUAUCCAAAGGACCGAGUAUCUAAGGGCCAAAGCAUUCAUCGCUGCAAACCCUCCCGAGUCCGUGCCAACCGACAUCUCGUUAUCGCAAUACCUGGCUAUCCAAGAGAAGGGCGUGGCCGCGUGGGAGUUCGAGCCGGAGCUGGAGAUCGCCAACUGCUUCGUCGAGGCCCGGACAGAGAUCGAGUUCUUCGACUCCGAGUGCACCGUCAUGAGCAACUUGCCUGUCCCCAAACAAAACGACGUUUAUUACUGGGAGGUAAAAAUCUACGAUAAGCCCGAGAACACGUUGUUGAGCAUAGGCAUGGCCACGAAGCCGUACCCGCUCUUCAGGUUACCAGGCUUCCACAAGGUGUCGGUUGCGUACCUCUCCAACGGCACCCGCCGCUACAACCAGCCGUUUGCUGCGACCCCGUAUGGUCCGCAGAUCGUGCAGGGCGACGUUGUCGGCGUCGGCUACCGGCCCCGGACCGGGACCAUCUUCUUCACACGGAACGGCAAGAAGCUGGAGGAUAUAGUCCACGGGCUGAAAUCGCCCAAUUUCUUCCCCGCAAUCGGAGCCAACGGGCCGUGCGUCGUGCACGUCAAUUUGGGCCAGGCCGGCUACGUCUAUCUCGAGGCCAACGUGAAGAAGUGGGGUCUCGCUCCCAUGACCGGCUCCCUGGCGCCGCCGCCUCCCUACGGCGUCGAGGCCGACACCGUCCUUCUAGCGACGGGAUCCAAGGACGGUUUUACGAGCUCGCAAAGCCGCGGGCACCAAUACAGCCACUCUGCUCAGCUUUAUACCCCGGGGGCGAACGCUUCGGAUCCCGGCCAUACCCGUUCGAGGUCAGGAAACUACCGCGUCCUGCCGCCUACAAGCCCCGGCCCGCUCCGCAGCCCAACCGAUAUCUCGCUCGCCCACCUGAUACCGACAGACGACAGUGGCGAGCCCAGCAGCAGUGCCGCGGCUCUGGUGCAGACCAGCCCGGAUCACCACGACCGCCAGCAAACCCCUACCGUCGGGCUGGGGUUGCACGACGCCGACGGCCGCCCGCCUCCCGAGUACACCAGCCCGGAUCACUCGGACGCCGAGAGCAACAGCCGGCGCAGCAGCUCCGAGAGCGAGAACGCACCUCUGAUCCGUCUGACGCGAAGCCGCGGCGCGUCGUUAGCGACCGCGCGAGCGGACCACAGCAGGUCGACGCCGCCGGGCACGCGGGGUCCUCCCAGCCCGCCUAUCCCGACCUAUCAAGACGCCAUCCGGCAGGGCGCCGGGCGCGCUAGGAGUCACAGUGCGAGGUCUGCAAGGGAGCAAAGGUGAUGAAACAACCACUUGAUUCAUGCGUGCUUAAACCCUUCCGGCAGUGCCGACCUGAGCACGAUGCUGGCACUCAUUUUCCUUGUCCAAUCUCUCUCACUCCCGCUCUCUUCCUCUCUAUCUCUCUCCCUCUCUCUCUCU